AAUGCUUUCGGAAACAGGUGCAAGUACAUAUUCUAGCUCUUGCUUGGUGCAGCUCAAUCGUGUGAUUUACGUCUUGAACACUGUGAUUUUUGCUUGUAUUCUAAAUAAGACAAUCGGCACAAACAAUUCCUAUCAGAAUGAGCGACGCAAUGCGCGCAGUAGACAUCAAGAAUGGCAAAGGUCCACUCGAGAACCUGCACAUCGCCGACGUGCCCAAGCCGAAACUCGGAAAGUCGCAAGCGCUUGUCAAGAUCAAGGCCUUUGGCCUGAACCGCAUGGAUUUGCUGCAGCGCGAGGGCCAAUACCCCGUACCGCCUGGUGCUUCUAAAAUCCUAGGCGUUGAGUUUUCGGGUACAAUCGCGGAACUCAGUGAAGAAGGCGGUGGAAAAGAAGGCUUCAAGAAGGGAGAUGAAGUAUUUGGCUUGGCAUAUGGAGGGGCUUAUGCAGAAUACAUCGCAGUCUCAACACAUAUGUUGGUGAGGAAACCAAAGGAGUUGACUUGGGAGCAAUGCGCUGGAAUUCCCGAGACAUGGAUAACAGCCACCCAAGCUAUGUACCUGAUCGGCCAAUUCAGUGCCGGAAAGACCAUCCUCUGGCACGCAGCAGCGUCAUCCGUCUCAAUUGCCGGUAUUCAACUCUCCCGCGCCGAUAAUGCUUCUGCUGUCUAUGCCACCGCUCGUCAGGAUUCGAAAUGCGAGUUCGCCGUGAAGGAGCUGGGCGCUACCGCCGCAUUCAAUACCACUUCUCAAAACUGGGUCGAAGAGGUGAUGAAAGCAACCGAUAACAAGGGUGUAGACAUUAUCAUCGAUUUCAUUGGCGCAUCGUACUUCCAGCAGAACCUCGAGGCUGUAGCGAAGGACGGCGUCAUUGUGAACCUGGGUUUCAUGGGUGGUACCAAAUUGCCAGAGGGUACGGAUAUCAGCGCAUUCAUCAGGAAGAGGUGCAGCUAUGUUGGCAGCAGCCUGAGGAGUCGCGAUGAAGCGUACCAGGGCAAGCUCAGAGACCAACUCGUAGAGCAUGCGUUGCCAAAGAUGACGGAUGGCACAUUCAAGCUCUAUGUAGAAAAGGUCCUGCCAUGGGAGCAGAUCCAAGAUGCGCAAAGGUUGUUGGAGGAAAACAAGACAAAGGGUAAGGUCAUCUGUACGAUUGGCUGAAGUUUGCACAGAGGAUAGCACACUCCAUGUCGGAAGAUAACACUUAAUUUGAUAUACGUACCACUGCCAGACGCUCAGCACUGAUGAUGCCGCAAAGAGCCAACCCAAAGCCGAGUAUAGAUUCACUGUACCAUAACACAAGCAAAAAUGAACACUACACA